AUGCUGUCUCUGCACGGUGCCUCUGCAAGUGUGGGCCCGGUCUGGGGCCAUAGCUACGAGCUGGGUGGAGAGGAGGGUUUCCCAUACGGCGCCUGGCUCGUGCAGCCAACUAAUCGCUGGCACUGGGGGACAGACUGGGAAGGCCCAGGCUUGGACAACGCCUUCGGCGCCCUACACUACGUUUGCGAUGCACUGCCAGGAGCUCCUGGCAAUGGGACUGAGAAGCGCCGCACGCAUAGCUUGGAUGACACCCAGGUGCUGGUCACAGGGCACUCCAUGGGUGGGCAUGGCUGCUUUGUGUUUGCCAGCCACUUCCCAGAUCUUUUGCUGGGCGCCGCUUGCGCCUCGGGCUGGCCAUCGCUGAACUCGUAUUCUGGAGACUCACACUCUGGCCUCCUCGAUGGAACUCGCCGCGGUUUGCUGGAAGAAGCACGAUUCGAACAUGCCGCGGACUUCCUGCAUGAGAAUCUGAAAGGUGUUCCAAUGCUUGUGAUCUAUGGCAGCAAGGACGACAACGUUCCGCCUCUGCAGCCGCGCAACAUGGUCCGACUCCUCGAGUCGGAUGGGCAAGACAAGACUACCGUGGAGGCGGUGGAGCUUCCAGGUGUCGGCCACUGGUUUGGACAAGGCGAGCCUGCUCUCGCGCACUGGUUCCGGCAGCGCUUGAAUGCCAGCCUCGCCAGGGGCACUUACUUACCCGAGCUGCCAGAGUAUUUUGAAUUCACCGUGACCUCACCAACCACUUAUGGAUCCCGCGGGUCUCUCAAGGUGCUUCAACAGAUCAAUGCAGCGGAGCCCGGCCGCAUUUUUGUCCAGAGGUGCCCGGCAGCUGCACUGAAUGCUACCGCCUGCUCGGGAAUAGCGACUCUGGACGCGGGCUCCGAUGAUUUCGGAGAUCCAUUUUGGCGAGUCGAGACCUUCAACGUCCGACGACUCGCACUGAAACCACGGCAAGGCCAGCGGCCGCCCCGUGCCCUGUGGGUGGAUGGCACCAUGUUUGCCUCCAGUAGUCUUUUGGCGGCGAAAUGUGCGCACCUCUGCCGCUUUGGAAGCGCGGCUUGGAAAGUUUGUGGCGUGGGCUCGGAUGGAUGUGACUGGGAAACUGUUCAGCGUGGAGGUUCGCAGGUGGGGGCUGGCCCAGUUCAUUCGGCUCUGCGCGGCGCACCCCUCUGCCUGGGCUUCGGUGCUGGUCAGCGGAGUCAGGCCGUCGCGCUAGCCAACAAGCUCUAUUUUGUCAGCCGCUACGCGCCUCGAGUGAUAGAUGCCUCCAGCGCAAGUUUUGAGGGAGACCGCUGGGACCUUCCCGGCGAGUGCGCUUCGGCCAACCUGCUGUUGAUGGGAUCUCCGUCCGACAACGCUUGGACUAACCGUUUCGCUUGCGCCUUUCCGUACAUCCGCUUCGCUGAUGCUGGGUCCAGUGAUGCAGGCCGCGCCUUCAUCUUGGAGGGCAGCUCAUAUUCAGCCGGUGGCACAGGCCUCCUAGCCCUGGGCCACCUGUCCAGUAAGCUGGCCCUCCUCGUCUACGGCACUGACGACAAAGGCCUGGCCCAGGCAGUUGCAGCGGUGCCCGUGGCAUCUGGACAUCACGGUGCUGACUUCCUUGUCCUGGGUCCCUCGGCAGCCUGGGAGGGCGAAGGCGGCAUCCUGGCAGCCGGGUAUCUCACACCGCUUUGGCAAGUUUCCUCCAGCAGCUGGACAGAGCCCGAGCACCCAUUUCAGCGGGUGAAAGGCUUGAGCGCAGCGCUUACCUCUCACUGCCCCGCGGAAACACAGGCUCUCACCAAGUCGGACAGCGACCUCGAAGGAAGCUUCUGGCCCAGAAGCGCCAGCUGCCCUUUUGGCUUUGCCGCCGUGGCCGCUGUUAUCAUGCUCAGCUCCUUUGAUGUGCCAUGA